AUGCAGCAUGCAUCUGCGCUCGCUCCUUUUUUUGGUGAGGUCGGCGCAGAAGGCGCGACGAAGAGCAGGGCAGGCCCGCAACUCGGAAUCCAUCAAGCAAGCAAGUCGAAGCAAAGUGGGCGCCUCGGGCUGAGAAACUGUGCUCCUAAAACCGGAGUGUCGAACGGAAGCCACAGCCCAGCUUCACUGCUUCAGGUAUCCUGGGCUCGGGAUUCUUACGUCGGAGCCAUGAGGCUGAACACGCAGUUGCAGACCAGAGAGGGCACCGCAGCUCUGAAGGAGAACGAAGCUUUUCCUCACCACUCCGCUGGAUUUUGGCUGGCUGUGCGCUGCCAAGGGCGCAUCCAGCGGAGCACCCGACCAGCAGGCUCCCACUCGCACAUCUACCCGGAACGAAGUCCCGAGCUCUGA